AUGGUGCUCGCUGACGUCGCACCCGUGCAUGCUACCAUCGCCGCGCUGCUCUUUAUCGUCGAUCUGACCCUGGCUAUCGUCGCACCCAAUCCUGGUUGUCGCCAUCGUCGCUGCUUGCCACCGCCGAUUCGCGAGAAAUGGAGGGACGGCAGAGGGAACACCAGAACGACGACAGCGGAGUCCGCCUCGCAGUGCUCCUCCGCCAGCUUGCUUCCGCGCGCGGUACGAAAGUCGAAGGAUGGAGGCAGGCGGGCCUCGCAUAUCGUGUCGGCCAGCGCUGCCGCGGAGGGAUCAGCUGACAGCUCAGUUGCUGUAGCUCCCGCUGCUUCAGAUGCAGCCGCUCCUGCGGCCACCGUUCCUGAUGUAUGCACCCUCGCCGAGUCCCUGGAGCUGCGCGUGGGGCGGAUCGUGCGGGCGUGGAAGCACCCCGAGGCGGACAGCCUGUACGUGGAGGAGGUGGACGUGGGCGAGGAGAGCGGCCCGCGCACCAUCUGCAGCGGCCUCGUCAAAUACAUUCCCGAGGCCGACUUGCAGGAUCGGCUGGUGGUGGUGCUGGCGAACUUAAAGCCGCGCAACAUGAGGGGCGUCAAGUCCAACGGCAUGCUGCUCGCAGCCUCCGACGACGCCCAUGAGAACGUCCAGCUCCUCUCACCGCCCGUCGAAGCUGCGCCGGGCGAGCGCAUCUGGUUCGGCGCCGAGGCUGAUGGUGCCUCGCAAGCUGCUGCUGCAACUCCGAACCAGCUGCAAAAGAAGAAGAUAUGGGAAGCUGUGCAGCCACAAUUGAAGACCACGGAGGAUUGCGCUGCUACACUACUGGACAAACCAAUGCGGGUGGCAAGCGGUGUCAUCACAUGCAAGUCCCUGGCUAAGGCAAACAUUGGCUGA